GUAGCGGUAACCCCACCCUUACUCACUCUGGAGUCAAAAAUGAACUGGGGGUCCUUUUAUGCCGUGAUCAGCGGCGUAAACAGGCACUCAACAGGUAUUGGACGUAUAUGGCUCUCCGUCAUCUUCAUUUUCCGAAUUCUGGUCUUGGUGGUUGCGGCAGAGAGCGUUUGGGGAGACGAGAAGUCCGGAUUUACCUGCAACACCCAACAGCCAGGCUGCAACAGUGUCUGCUAUGAUCAGUUCUUUCCCAUCUCACACAUCCGCCUUUGGGCACUUCAGCUAAUCCUGGUCUCCACCCCAGCGCUUCUUGUGGGUAUGCAUGUGGCCCAUCGCCGCCACAUUGAAAAGAAGAUCCUAAAGCGGGCGGGACGUAACAGUCCUAAGGAGCUGGAUCACAUCAAGAGCCAAAGAUUUCACAUCACGGGAGCUCUGUGGUGGACUUAUAUGAUCAGCAUCUUCUUCCGAAUCCUUUUUGAAGUCGUUUUUCUCUACAUUUUUUACAUGAUCUACCCAGGCUUUAGGAUGGUACGCUUGGUCAAGUGUGACUCUUACCCAUGUCCCAACACAGUGGACUGUUUUGUGUCCAGGCCAACAGAGAAGACCAUAUUUACUGUCUUCAUGCUGGCCGUGUCUGGAGUUUGCGUGUUGCUCAACAUGGCUGAGAUGGUCUACCUCAUAGGCAGGGCUUGCAAACGAUGUUUUCAUCGCUCUGAGGAAGAGUCCAAAGUUGACUGGAUGAGUCAAAAAUUGUCUUCCUACAAAGUGAGAUCAAUCAGCUGA